CGCGUUCAGCACGACGUGCCUGUCAGUCGGCUCCGUUGAUCGGCCACCGGAGCACCUCGCCGUCAGCCAAGGAUCAAACCGUAACAGUUGGCGGAGUUGCUGACCGUCGCGGACCGAGACGAGAACGCCGACGCCCAGUGCGCCCAGUGCGGCAGCCUUCGGCAGCCUGCGUGUCGUGAAGGGCAUCAUGAAGCCCAGCCGGGGCCUGGCCGCUCGAGGGGCCGCCGCCGGGGCCCUGACCGCCCUGCUGCUCGCGUCGUCGCUCAUCGCCGUCACAGAAGAGGCGGCCGCACCGUCAGACCCCGCCGAAGCGCCCAGCUGCAGUCUCCAGCAUCACCCGGACGGCGACAAAGUGCAGCCAUGCACAUCCCCCGGAGACUCGUUGCCGCCCCGCCUGGAUGCCCUCCUGAAAAGCGACAAGAUCUCUCCGGAGUUCCGGACCGCGGCCGCUGCGAUGAACUUUGGCACCGUUAGCCCUGCUGUCAUGGGGGACAUCCCAGUCCUGCUGCUGCUCCAUUUAUCGGCCGGCUCCCUGUCCACGAGCGCCCCCCGCGCGCUGAGCGCCAUCAUCCGGAAGCACCCCAAGGACGUCGUGGUGGCGAAGGCCGUGCUGACGGCGCUGGACCUGGCCGACAACGAGAAGCGGACGCGGUUCAUCAGAGAGCUCGGCCUCACUUCUGGACUGAGUCUCGGGGUGCAGUCCGCCAUCGCUGCGUCGACCGUGCACUGGUGGGGCCCGGAGCUGGAGCAGCACUCGAUGGACUUGGCGAUGGUGGGCAGCCCGCUGCUGGCCGCGCUGCCGCCGGGCUACCUCGCCGAGCUGGACUCGGAGCGCACGGCCAAGAUGUUGAUGCGGCUACGCAACCACCCCUGGGAGUCCCCCGACGACCCGUCCUGGUCGUCGCAGUCUCCGGAAACCAAGCGCGUCUGGAUGACCAUGUUCAAGAAGGACGAUGCUUCCGGCAAGGGCCAACUCAUCAACUCGGGUACCGACGGCUUGAAGAUGCUGUGGGCGGGCGCCACCCCGGACGAGAUCGCCGACUUGCAGUUCGUGGACACGGACAGGCGGCUGCUGACGAGGCUGUCCCACCUGACCAAGCUGCAGACGCGCGCCUUCCUGGCCAAGCUGUACCCCACGGCGGCGCUGUCCUCGCUGGAGAUGAACGAGCUCUUCAGCUGGGCUUUGGACUUCUCUCCCGCCGGCCUGCAGCGCUUCCUGGCCAAUGACACGGACUUCAGCAACCUGCCGGCAGCGGACACGUCGCGCGCCUCGCUGCCCACCCUGAAGCAGGUCCUGGAGCAGGUGGUGGCGACCAUGGUGAUCCAGGGGCGCAUCGAGGAGGCCGGGGCGCCGGGCACGUGGGCGCGCAGGAUCAAGGACGUGGGGCGCCUCGCCUACCUCAUCAGGGCCGACCGCCUCGCCAACUACAGCCAGCACCAACUGCCCGCCGACGUCCUGACUGCCUUGGACACGUACAAGCUGUCGUCGCUCCAGGCGCGGUGUCUGACGAACAACGGCAAGUUCCUGGACCUGCAGCGCCCACUCAAGGACCUGGAAGGACUGCACGGCUUGACGCUGGCACUGAGCACGGGCAGGCUGGCGUCGCUGAGAACGUCCACCGUCAGCAACGACGUGAUGAACCACCUGCUGGAGUCCCUGCCCGCCACGAACCUGGGCCGCGCCUCCGUGCUGUUCAACAAGAUGCGUGCCUCGCUCUCCGAGCCCAAGGUGCUGGAGGCGGUGCUGCGGAAUCCGUCGCCGGGGCAGUUCUGGGCGCUGGUGUCGUCUCGCGAGGUGGCCGCCGAGCGCGAGGCCCUGGAGAAGGCCCUGUCGCGGACCAAGGCGCCCGUGGCCAGGUCGCGGGGCAUCUUCGACCUGGGGAUGUGGAUCGACCAGCACCUCAACAAGAAGGACGGCAUCGAGGAGCACUUGCGGUUUUUGCCCCAGGAUACGCUGUCUGCUGUGUUGGGUUCCGCUCGCCGAGAGCUGGCUUCGUCGUCAAAUUCUUCAGGGAGCGUCGUCUGGACGUCGGACACUCUCUUGGCGGCGGACAGGCCGCUGGUGCGCGGCGCGCUGCUGGGCCUGACCUGCGCUGACGUGAUUGCCAUGGACCUGGUGGACCUCCCCGUCAUCGUGGCCGCCCUGAACCGCCGCGUCGAGGAGGCUGGCGUGGCCUUCCCCAAGAGGCUGCAGCACUGCCUGCAGCGCGCCAUGGAGGACUACCUCGCGAUCAAGAAGCGCAUGCGCCAGUACCACCCCGACGUGCCUCUCAUCGAGGUCCUCGAGCCCAGCGACAUCGAAGCGUUCGGAGGCUACCUUCUGUCUGCACUGCGCCCCGGUCUCAUCCAGCAGUCGCACUACGCCAAGCUCAUCCUGUCGUCCAUCGGCUCGCUGUCGCCGCAGGAGCUGUUGGCCGCCGCGCCCAGCCUGGAGCGCCUGCGGGAGUUCGCGCUGCAGCUCGUGGACCUGUACCGAGCGACGCGCUCCGUGGGGCCGCGGUGCCUGUUCGCGCUCGGCAACCUGCACAUGUUCCUGCCCCCCGACGUGAUCACCGCCAUCGAGCCGGACGCGUGGAAGCUGUUCGUGGAGGCCCGGGCGGGCAGGCCGCUGUCGCUGGCCGUGUGUGGCGGCAGCGAGCAGAGGGACGCCUGGCACCGCCUCACGGUGCGCGCGUUCGGCUCGCCUUCGCUGUGGUCCGCUGGCGUGGUGGCCGCCCUCGGCGACGUCAUGGCUGCCCUCCCCGGCGACGUCCUGCUCACCGUGCGCAUGCCCAACUGGCGCGACGCCGCUGACACCCUGGCCGAGCGCACCGUCUACCACCGCCCCACCGGCGUGGCCGGCAGCGACCAGCCACGGCCUUUCGUCGAGGUGUGCCGCUCGCUGCUGAGCCCGGAGGAGCAGUCUUCGUACUACUGGAGUGUGCGGCGUGUCGCGCGCUUGUACCUGCGCGCGGCGCAGUGGCUCCUGGACACGGUGGAGGACGCCGACAAGCUGGUGCGUCGCCUCAUGCCGCGCAGCUCGCGCCCGCACUUCGCCAUCUCGCACCAUCGGCAGGCCGCUGUGGUGACGACCACCACGGAGGCGCCCACCACCACCAGCUCGACCACCACGACCACGGAGGUCACCACGACGGAGGACCCCUUCGGCAACUUCGAUGACUUCCUGACGUCCAAGGACCCCUGGCUGGUCAGCGCCUUGUCCACGCUGCUCCCCGUCCCGCAGGAGCCACCCAAGACCGUGAUCGUGGACAAGGACCCCGCUUCCACGACGAGCGCUGCGGAGACGACCACUGCCUGGACCACGGACGGCCCCUCCACCGUGCCGACCGCGGCGGCGAGCCUGCCCGAGCUAAAAUCGUGGGAUGAGUCCGACGUCAGCCAGUCCACGUCGGCCCCCAGCACUUCGUCGGCGACGUCGCCGCUGACGGAACGCGCGUCGGAGAGGAGCGACGGCACCCCUGCGCCGCAGUCGGUGGACUCGCUUCCCGCCCUCACGACGGCCCUCUACCCCAACCAGAGCACGUCCGGUGGCCAGCUGAACCUGAGCGCCACCACCGCCAAGUACAGCGCGGAGCUGGCCGACAAGGAGGAGGCCCUGGCGGCCGCCAACGUGUCCACGAUCGCAGUCCCCGCCGUCGCUGGAGAGCGGAAGGGGCAGGAUGGGCUGGAGGACCCCGAGGCGGCCGUCUUGGCCGAGAACAAGGUGCGACGCCGGCGGUCGGACGCCGCGGAGGACGAGAUGGAGCACCAGAUUUCACGCGAUGUGCAGGUUCAGGUGACGUGCGACGCGCUGCGCGUGCUGGGCGCCGCCUCCUCGCUCGCCAUCGUCAACAGCGACCCGGAGCACAUGCUGGACUCGGAGGUCAGCGACUGCGUGGAGGAGCUGGGCGCUGUGCGCCUCGGCGCGAGCGUCGCCAGGGACUUCUGGACCAAGAUACCAGAGAAGCAGCGCUUGGACUGGCUCGGAGACAUGGGCCAGCUCGUGCAGGGCAUGCCCGUGGACGAAGUGCCUCGACUCAACCUGAGCCUUGCUCACGAGAACGUAUUGGACACGCUGAGCGUCGUCGGCAGCCACGUGACGGACCGGCAGUGCUGGACGCGGUGGCGACGCAGCUGGAGCUCCAGAACCCGCAGCUCCGGACGGUGGCCGGCACGGCUGGUGGCACGACGGCCGGCGACGUGGACCCGGACAGCCUGCUGGUGGCGCUGGGGCCGUUGGCGUGCUCGCUGCGCGUGGACCUGCAGCGCCUGCUGCUGUCGCGGCGCGGCGCCCUGCAGCACGCGGCCCGCAGCCUCCAGGGAGUCGGCGCGCGCUGCAACUCGACCUGCUUGAAGGAGCUGGCGACGGCCGCGGUGGCGGACACGGCUCUGGGGCACCUCUCCUCGUGGACGGCCGAGGACGUGCGGGACUUGGGCGUCAUCGUGGCGGGACUCGCUCCGGAGCAGCUUCAGGAACUACGGAAACCUUUGGACCAGGUGGAGCAGCCCGUUUCCGGGCUUGCCGCCAGCGCGGUGGCCUGCAUGACGCCCGAACAAGUGCAG